GAUUCAAAAAUUUUAGUCGUAAAUAAUUAUUUUAAGUUCCGUUGUCUUUAAUCUGUCUUGUAAUUUUGAAAACUAUCCGUAUAUCAUUUUGCAAUAAAUUUAAAUCUUAUAUUGUAAAAAUGCCUGCCGUGACAUCACCAUCUGAUGAUGAGCAGAAUGAUGCUGACCAGAAAAUGUGGCAUGCGCUUAAACGAUAUAUUAUACGUGAACGGCAAAGAAAGAAAGAAGAAUAUGAAGCCGAGGUAGAAGAAGAGAGACUACGAAAGGAACGUGAGGCUCGGGAAAGGCAGGAUGUUAUGACACUAGAGGAAACAAAAGAACAAAUUGAACAAUUAGAACAAAAAUUAAAGCAAUUGGAAAAAGAGAAGCAACAACUGUUCAUGCAGUUAAAGAAAGUAUUGAACGAAGAUGAGGUUAGAAAACGACAACAACAGAAAGAAUCGAAUGAAAUGCAAUCAAUGAAGAUGCCAAUGGGCAAUAUUCAAAUUCCAAUGUUCCCAAUGUCAUCUACUGGUCAAGGAGAACCACCACCUCCGCAGGGCAGACCGCAGGCCAUGUCUUCACAUAUACUUAAUAAGAAUAAACAUUCAAACUACAUGCUGUUUCCGCAACAGCAAACUAUAGUGCGUGGACCAAUGCAAUCCGGUGUUAAACGUCCACGUAGUCCAUCUCCAACGUAUGCUUUGUACGCACAAAGAAUACAUCCACCACCUAUGAAGCAUCAACAGGUUUAUUCUGAUCAUAAAGUAGAAGAUGGCCGCAUGGGCCGUCAGAUGGCCCGCGCAGUGCUUUGGAACAAGCCGUCACAAUACGCGUCCAACGUGGGCAAUUCGUCAGUAUCAUCGGGCGCUUAUUACGCGAUGCCCACUUCGGGAGUGGUAGUGGGCGAGCGGCCGCCCACGCUGCUGUACCCACACCACGGCCACGCGCCGCACACGCCCCACACCCCCCACACCCCACACACCCCCCACCACACCAACCUGAUGUAUGCGCCCGCGCCGCAGCCGCAGCUCUACAUCGAUAUACUGAAGAAUAGGGAGGGACAACAACAUCAGGAAUCCAAGAAGGAACCUCAGCCGCAGGUGCUGAUCGGUUUGAGUGAGGCUCAUCAUCCAUCGGUGAGUAGUGGCGUUGUGUACGCUCAGCCGCCGCCAGUCAGUCGACACAUCGCCAUACAUCCGCCACCACAACACAACAACAUGCAGACAGCGAAACCGGGCAGUAUAACACAAGGGUACCCCGUGCAGCAAUCCAACCCCAAUGUGCAGAACCCAAAUAUAUAUCCCAAUCGUCAUCGAUAUUAGCUAUUGGUUCUCCAUCGGCCGCAGAACCUGCAGCCAUCCUAGCAUUGGAAGAAACUCAUCGCACAAAGGUUACACGAUGUUUAGUGCAUACGGAAAAAGAUACAUCUUUAAACAGAUGUAACUCGUUUCUUCGUUUUAACAUCCAUGUUCUCAGAUCACUCCAGUAUUUAUUAUACAAAUAGAGAGUUAUAUAUCUACUAUAACGUAUAUAAGUAGUAUUGAAACACACAGUUUCUUUGAUAUGUUUUUAUUUUUUAUAAAACGUCUUAAAUAGAUGGCUCCUACGAAUAAGGGCCGAUGUGCAAAUUGACAACUUUUCAAGAGAGGCUCUUAAAGUUUUAACCAUAUAGGAAAAUAGGCCGUAUAGGCACUUUUAAUUCAGCAAAAAAAUUAC